UGUAUAGUCACACCAAACUCUGUAAAUCCCAAACAGAGAUGACCACGAAUCUUCAGAAAUGGAGAGUCCCACUGAGCCUCCUCCGUCGCUACGACGGCGUUUCGGCUCACAACGCCCGGCGUCUAUUGCACGAUGGACCUGACACCGUGGAGGAGCUCCUAGACAGACACGUGGUGAAGAAAGAGAAACACCUGGACGACGAAGAGGAGGAGCUGCUGAAUCGGCGGCGACUGACUACCACGCGCCGGGAGGCGCUGUGUCUUUAUCGAGACAUUCUCAGGGCGACGCGGUUCUUCAUGUGGACGGACUCUCGGGGAGUGCUUUGGCGAGAUGUGCUGAGAGAGAACGCGAGGAAGGAGUUCGAGGAGGCCCGGUUCGAAACGGAUCCGGAAGUUGUGACCCGAUUGCUGAUCGGAGGGCACGAUGCUGUGCAGUCGGCGUUAGAUAAGCUCGCCGAGAAGCAGCGGCAGCAGAUUCAGAAGGAGCGAGGCCGCGGUGGAGAUCAACAGUAGACGAUGCAGGGCGGGUGCUCCAUUGCAGACCAUCCUUUCUCCAUUCCACAGCUUCUCGUUAGCAUAAGUUUGGAAAGCAUCAAAGCAACUUCGUUCCCAAUGUUCUUCUUCUUCUAUGUUCUCCCUGGUGCAGCAGAAGUUGGAAGUUUGCCACAAGUUUCAUUCUUUGCUUUCAGCCUAGGUGUAGAUAGCAUCAAAGCAACUUCAUUCCCAAUGGCUUUAUCAACUUUGGAUUGAAGAUGCAGUGUGGGUGUUCCAUUGUUGACCAUCCUUUCUCCAUUCCACAGCUUCUUCUCAGCAUAAGUUUAGAAAGCAUCAAAGCAACUCUGUUCCCAAUAGCUUUAUCAACUUUGGAUUGAAGAUGCAGUGCAGGUGCUCCGUUCCACAGCUUCUUCCAAUUGAUCUUAUGAGUGUAUCGAGGCUUCUGUCAAUUGUCAUUUGUUUUUGGGGUGUUGGCAUGUUACUUAUCCCACAUAAACUGUUGUUGUUGUUUUUUUUUUUCUUCCUUUUUCAGCCUAUCAAAUGCCAAAUUAUUUCAUAGAAUAUACGUGACUUAUCAUCUUA